GCAAAUUUGCUUUCAUUCAUUAUCUAUUAUAUUGCACAUUAUCCAAAUGUGAAAAAGAAAAUGUUAGAAGAAAUUGAUCGUAUAUUUAAAGGUGAUAAAGUGCGAUCAAUUAAUAAAGAUGAUUUUUAUAAUUUAAAAUACUGUGAAGCAAUUGUGAAAGAAGUAGCUCGCGUUCAUCCAAUUAUGCACAUGAAUAUAAGACAUAUCAAUAAGCCUAAUGAAAUAGCGGGAUAUCAAUGGCCAGCUGACACAUCGUUUCUAGUUGAUAUUAAAGCUAUUCAUAAUAGCGAUAAUUAUUGGAAAGAACCUAAUAAAUUUAACCCUGAUAGAUGGAUGAAUGAAAGUUUUGAGCCAAAGAAAAAUUCUUUUAUCAUGUUUGGUGGAGGAUUAAGAUUAUGUCCAGGAAGAAAGUUGGCAAUAGUUCAAUUAGUUUGUUUAAUAGCUUUAUUGUUUAGA